UUCAACAGUUGAGCGAAGCACACGUUCCUCACUUCGUCAAUAUGAGCACCGAGCAGUGGGAAUCCAAUGAGGAAAUACAAUACUUUCGCGACUAUUUGCGUAUAGCGAGCGUUCAUCCCAAUCCCAACUAUGCACCUUGUUUGGAGUUCUUGAGGCAACAGGCCGAACAGCUGCAACUGCCGCUGGCUGUUCAUUAUCCAUUCGAUAGUGACAAUCCCGUUGUGGUGCUCACCUGGCAGGGCCUAAGGCCCGAGCUGCCCGCCCUUUUGCUCAACUCGCACAUGGAUGUGGUGCCAGUGUUCGCCGAGAACUGGACCCAUCCGCCCUUUGGCGCCGACAUCGAUGCAGAGGGUCGAAUCUUUGCCCGCGGCACCCAGGACAUGAAGUGCGUGGGCAUGCAAUAUCUGGCAGCGAUUCGGGCACUGAAACGCAAUGGAGUCAGGCUCAAGCGCACAAUACACAUCUCAUUUGUGGCAGACGAAGAAAUGGGCGGACGCCGCGGCAUGCGUCCCUUUGUUGAAACUGAGGCGUUUCGUGCUCUAAAUAUUGGCUUCGGACUAGAUGAGGGUCUGGCCUCGCCCACAGCCGAGUUUCCCGUUUUCUACGCUGAGCGCAGUGUUUGGCGCAUGACCUUUAAGAUAUCGGGCACGGCUGGGCAUGGCUCGCUGCUGCUGCCGAACACAGCUGGCGAGAAGCUGCACUAUAUACUCGAUAAAAUGAUGCAGUUGCGUCGCCAGCAGGUGGCACGUCUUGAGAAUAAUCCAGAGCUAACAAUAGGCGAUGUCACUACCAUAAAUCUGACCCGCAUCGGUGGCGGGGUGCAGAGCAAUGUGGUGCCGCCACUGCUGACAGCUGGCUUCGAUGUGCGCCUGGCACUCGAUGUGGUGCACGAAGAGUUUUACGCACAGCUACAAGAGUGGAUGGAGCAGGCCGGCGGAGGCAUUGAGCUGGAAUUUGAUCAGAAGCACCCAUACGUGCCAGCCACAGCCAUAGAUGAUAGCAAUCCCUUUUGGCUCGCCUUCAAGAGCGCCACGGAUGAACUUUCGCUUAAGAUUCGACCACAAAUCUUUACGGGCGGCACGGAUAGUCGCUAUUUGCGCAAGUCGGGCAUACCCGCCCUGGGCUUCUCGCCCAUGAAUAAUACGCCCGUUCUAUUGCAC